CGGCCGCCGCCCCAACUGGCCGCCAGGGGCGCUGUUCCGGGCGAGGCCAAGCGCGCGCGGGAGCACAAAAAAGCGCCGCCAGGCCGCGGGGCCCGAAGCGCAGGCGCAGGAACAGCCGGCGCGGGCUGCCGGGCGUUCGGCGUUCCGCGGCCAUCUAUGCCUCGGGGCUCGUGUCGUCGGCCUGGCGGGUCCAUCAUAGAGACGCGGCGGCCGGAGCGGCGGGGGCGGAGGGGGGUCCGCGAGCCGAGGCCGGGCCGGGGCCGCGCAGCCGGGCAGAGACGGCCGCGGGCCGCCUGGGCAGAAUGUCACGAUGGAGGAGGGGGGCACGCCCCUGCUCCCUGAUAGCCUCGUCUACCAGAUCUUCCUGAGCUUGGACCCUGCUGACGUGCUGGCCGCUGGGCUGGUGUGCCGCCAGUGGCAGGCCGUGUCCCGGGACGAGUUCCUGUGGCGGGAGCAAUUCUACCGCUACUAUCAGGUGGCCCGCGAUGUGCCCCGACACCCAGCGGCCACGUCCUGGUAUGAGGAGUUCCGGCGGCUCUAUGACACGGUGCCCUGCGUGGAGGUGCAGACACUCAGGGAACACACUGACCAGGUCCUGCACCUCAGCUUCUCCCACUCGGGUUACCAGUUUGCUUCCUGCUCCAAGGACUGCACCGUGAAGAUCUGGAACAACGACCUGACCAUCUCGCUGGUGCACAGCGCGGACAUGCGGCCCUACAAUUGGAGCUACACCCAAUUCUCCCAGUUCAACCAGGAUGACUCGCUGCUGCUGGCCUCGGGGGUGUUCCUGGGGCCCCACAACUCCUCGUCAGGAGAGAUCGCCGUCAUUAGCCUAGACACCUUCGCCCUGCUGUCCCGCGUGCGCAACAAGCCCUACGACGUGUUUGGCUGCUGGCUCACAGAGACCAGUCUGAUCUCGGGGAACCUGCACCGCAUCGGAGACAUCACCUCCUGCUCGGUGCUCUGGCUCAACAACGCCUUCCAGGAUGUGGAGUCAGAGAAUGUCAACGUGGUGAAGCGGCUUUUCAAGAUCCAGAACCUCAACGCCAGCACCAUCCGCACCGUGAUGGUGGCCGACUGCAGCCGCUUCGACAGCCCUGACCUCCUGCUGGACGCCGGCGCCCCUGGCGCACCCCCCCGCCGCGUCUUUGACCUGGGCAAUGGUGGCGAGGAUGAGGUGGCCAGCGCGGCCCCAGCCCCGGCCCGCGGCAAGGAGGGCUUGCGGCACUUGCUGGACGGCCUCCUGGAUGGGCGGGCGCAGCCCCAGCUGUCAGAGCGCAUGCUGGAGACCAAGGUGGCUGAGCUGCUGGCCCAGGGCCGCACCAAGCCCCCCGAGCGCAGCACAGCUGACGCCCGGAGCAAGCUCCUCAUCUUCACCACGGGUUGCCUCACUUACUCACCACACCAGAUCGGCAUCAAGCAGAUCCUGCCACACCAGAUGACCACGGCUGGGCCUGUGCUGGGCGAGGGCCGGGGUUCGGAUGCCUUCUUCGAUGCUCUGGACCACGUCAUCGACGUGCACGGACACAUCAUCGGCAUGGGCCUAUCCCCUGACAACAGGUACCUGUAUGUCAACAGCCGCGCCUGGCCCAGCGGCUCGGUGGUGGCUGACCCCAUGCAGCCACCGCCCAUUGCAGAGGAGAUCGACCUGCUGGUGUUCGAUCUCAAGACCAUGCAGGAGGUGAAGCGGGCCCUGCGCGCCCACCGUGCUUACACACCCAACGAUGAGUGCUUCUUCAUCUUCCUGGACGUCAGCAGGGACUUCGUGGCCAGUGGGGCCGAGGACCGGCAUGGCUACAUCUGGGACCGCCACUACAACAUCUGCCUGGCCAAGCUGCGGCAUCAAGAUGUGGUCAACUCAGUGGUCUUCAGCCCCCAGGAGCAAGAGCUACUGCUGACAGCCAGCGAUGACGCCACCAUCAAAGCCUGGCGCUCACCACGCACCGUGCGUGUCCACCAGGCCCCACGCCCACGCCCGCGCCCUAUCUUCUCUUGGUUUGCCAGCCAGAGGCGCUGAGGGGCAACAGAGUGUCCUGGGUGUCCUCAAACUGCUGGAACCCACAGAGGAUGCCACAGAGGCCUGUUCGUGGCUCUUUCCCGCGGGCCAAGCUGCUGCCCAGACCAUGUGGGGGCAGAGAAGCUCACAGUAGUCAUGCCUUAGGUGGGAGGUCCAGGAGGGCUGCAGGGAGGGGAUGGCCUGACCCCCACCACGCUUGCACACACACCUCCUCCCACAGCCAUGAUGCUCAGCACUGGGGCAGCCUCCUGGCUGGCUUGGGGUGCACAGGACACUGGUGGCCCUGCUCUUCACCCACCCUCUUCCCACGGACACGGGUCCUGCGACAGUCAGCAUGACACAUACCCCUCAGCUGGCCCUGUGGGGCCCUGGGCGGUGUUUCCCGGGUCUGACCUCGCUCUGGGAGCCCCAGGCUUCCUUCUCUGGGAACUUGUUUGUGCAUCAGCAGGGUCAGUGGUACAGGUCAGUCGGCUGUGGGCCCGGGCGAACUGCAUGUCACUGGUCACCCAUUCAGGGCCUGAAUAAACUUUAGUUGGCAAGAGCA